CUAAUCGAAAACACUGUUACCAAACAAAGCCAAAGUUGAAGGACUAACCUGACACAAAAACUUAAAGGACAGUAGAAUUUAGCCUUUUUUUUACUUCCAAAAAGUAUGGAAAGUAAUUUUGGUUUUUUUUUUAAAAUGGCUUAGAUAAGGGUUUUGGGAAUGGCGCCCAUUGCCCAUAGUCACUUCUGCGGUUUCUCUCUAGAAAAAACUUAAAAAAUCGGGAACCCUACUCGAGCAGAGACUAGAGAGACAGAGAAUGUCCAGAAGGUUCGAGAAGCGAAAGGAAGACGAGAGCCGUGCCUUCGAAGGCGAAGACCGCCCUAAGAAGACUACUAAGACUGACGAGUCUGAUGAGUCCGACGGGAUCGUCGUGUGCGAGCUUUCGAAGAACCGUAGGGUUUCUGUGAGGAUCUGGCAGGGGAAGCCUGUGCUUGAUAUCCGCGAGUUUUAUGUGAAAGAUGGAAAACAGAUGCCUGGCAAAAAGGGCAUUUCAUUACCCAUGGAACAGUGGCAUGUACUUCGAGAGCACGCGGAAGAAAUUGACAAGGCGCUCAACUAAAAUAUCAUUAUAACUUGCGCUUUAUUUUGAUUUUAUUUUAUUCAUUUUGCUGGGGAAAAGGAAACAACUCUUAUUGAGGAGGAGAAACAAAAAAAAUGUAGUAUGUUGUUGCAUUCUGGAUGUAGGGGAAAUAGACCUGUUUGAACCUAGUAGUUUGUUACUACCGAGUAGAUUUUAACUCGCACAAUGCAAGGUAAGAAGUAAACCGGUGUCAUAUAU